UCUCUGCUUUCAGGAAGUGAUUUGUCGCGGUUUCCAAAAGCCGAGCCUCGGCUUCUCGUUUUUUCAUGCACAAAACCACAUUUUAAGAGCGGCUCUCUUCAGACACCGAGACAUAACCCAGCCCCGCGCCUGGCAGUCUGGCUCACCCCUGAUUUGCUAAUCUGUGCGUCAGGAUCUGUGUCCGGCGCAAACAGCCGCAGUGCAACGUGAAACUGCGUCACAUAACAGACAGCUGAUCAGCAGAGCGGGCACUACGGCGCCCUUCACACUCCGAUCAACUCCGACAAAUCGUCUCGCACACUCAGUGUAAUUUACAUGAGUUAUCAUGGAGGAAAAAUGUGAUUUCUUUCCCCCCACCUCCUUAUGUUCUAAUUGAAGCUCCACACCGCGGGGUGCGCCUCCGCGUUUCCUCUGGCCCUGCCUCCACCUCUCUCCUGCUUCUCUGAUUGAGUAAGUAAGUGAGAGGCUGAUGAAGAGUCAUCGCUCUGAUGGACUGAUCCAUGAGGACUGAUCCAUGAGAGGACUGAUCCAUCAGAGGACUGAUCCAUCAGAGGACUGAUCCAUCAGAGGACUGAUCCAUCAGAGGACUGAUCCAUCAGAGGACUGAUCCAUGAGGACUCGGCGGUGACUCGGAUGAACCUGAAAAAAAAAAAAAAAAGACAGAAAGAAAGAAAAAACUAGUUCUAACUUUUAAAUCUAGUCAUCGUCAUCUUCUGCUCAUUCGGGACUGUGUUUGCUGUCAUGACAGCGGGACAGAGGUGAAACUCUCAGUCAAAACCCUGAGGUGAGCGGAAAGAGAAGCGAAGAAACGUGACAGGAGCGCGGGGCUCCCGCUGCGGCUUUCCGCUGUCUACCUGCCGCCGUUCAGCGGGCGGUCAGCCUCGGCGACACCUGGCCGAGCCGACACCUGGCAGACGGGAUGGACGCCUGUGCGCAUGCUCCGUUGUCAUGUGGAAAUCUCUUAAAACGCUCGGGAUGUCAGUGGCUCAGAUCAAAUCUGUAAACAGGACGCCAGCCGCCGGGUCUCCUCCUUCUGCUCAGCAGCUGGUUCCUCGUCAUUAACCAUCGCUCUCUCUUCUACCUCCCCAUCAACCCCUACACACACACACACACACACACCACACAACACAACACACACAUACACUAAAGAUGCCCCGCUCCUUCCUGGUGAAGAGUAAGAAGGCGCACAGCUACCACCAACCGCGAACUUUGGAGGAUGAUUACAGCAGGUUGGACUCGAUACUGGCGCACAUCUGUUCAGAUACCGAUAAGCUCCUGGAGGAGGACGCCGACCUUUCGGCGGACAGCUACGGCCUCUCUCCGGCCUCUCACCCGGGCGAAGCUGCGGACUUCUCCCCCAGGUCUCCGCUGAGCUGCGCCGACAGUUUGUGCGCUCGCUCCGCAGACUAUGAGGACUUUUGGCGGCCUCCGUCCCCAUCCGCGUCGCCUGUUGACUCCGAAAAAUCGCUUUCUCCCCUGGUGGGUGAAACCCAGUCCUUCACUGUCCCUUUCCGGCCGUACGCCUGGAGCAGCUACCCGGGGCCGGAGCUGGAGGUGCAGCGGCCCGUGGCGCAGCGCAGCCUCCACCCCGGCCUGGAGGUGGACACCAGCCCGGCGGUGAUGGCGCUCUACGCGGACCGGAGCUGCCACCCGGCCGUGUUUGCAGAGCGGGCCCUGGCGGAGGAGCCUUACGGAGACUACCGGAGGCACGCUGCCGCGCUGCUGUUCACUGAAGCGGGCCUGCACGGGAAGGCGGCCGACGGGAAGGCCCGGCCCGACCUGCUCUGCCCCAGCCUCAUUCUGAACGGGGCAUACAAGUGUGUCAAGUGCGGGAAGGUGUUCUCCACCCCACACGGUCUGGAGGUCCACGUCCGCAGAUCGCACAGCGGCACGAGGCCUUUUGCGUGCGACAUUUGCGGCAAAACGUUCGGCCACGCCGUGAGUCUGGAGCAGCACAAAGCCGUGCACUCUCAGGAGAGAAGCUUCGACUGCAAAAUUUGCGGCAAAAGCUUUAAGCGCUCCUCCACGCUAUCCACGCACCUGCUCAUCCACUCGGACACGCGGCCCUAUCCGUGUCAGUACUGCGGAAAGAGGUUCCACCAGAAGUCCGACAUGAAGAAACACACAUUCAUCCACACUGGCGAGAAGCCGCACAAGUGCCAGGUUUGCGGGAAAGCGUUCAGCCAGAGCUCCAACCUGAUCACGCACAGCAGGAAACACACCGGAUACAAACCGUUCGGCUGCGACCUGUGCGGGAAAGGCUUCCAGAGGAAGGUGGACCUGAGGAGGCACAAAGAGACGCAGCACGGACUGAAAUGAGACAGAAGACGGAACUGCGGUCCGGCCUGGAGCUGGAGCCACCGCAGGACGAAAACAACUGUCCCCCCUUUUCUCAAGACACACUUUCUUCCAUUUUUAAUGAAAUGAAAAUUUAAGACAAUUUGAAUCCCAUCGACUUUUUUUUUUGUAUUUUAUUUUUCUUAUUAUAAUUUGUAUUAUUUAUAGGUGCGAAGAAAAAACAUGAGCAACACUAAUGACAGCAUCCUUCUUUUUAAAUACACCGCCCCAACCCCCCCUCAUCUGCUCCCCUUUAAUUUCUUUUU